UGAAAGGUACACUCUCUGCCCUUGUUAUCAAGGAGAAAGGAGCUUGAGGUCAUGAACAGGUCAUUUUUCUGUUUGCUUCGCUCUUACUUUAGGCUUCUUCAUGUGUGGCUGCAACGGGACUGGAAGUUGAAAAAGUAAAGUAAAAAUCAUAAAAGAAAAAAGAGCGCGUUGGCAGUGAACGAACUUAUCGUAUCGGGUAGAAACGGGUCCAAUCAUUGAGACUGGCUUGCAUUGGCACAACGCGUCUUUGGAGUAUUCUUUGUUCAAUACACAAUGGAAAGAGCACGCUUGGUUUUGUCGUGGUCGUGAAAUUCGAAUAGGAGGUUCUUUUAUACAUUUUAAAAUUCUGAAGUGUUUCAGAAAGGCGCGGUAAAAUUUUUUACCUCAUUCGAGAUGAUGUCACUUCCGGGUUGCGUUUUCUACCUCUCAUUAUUAAGGACCUGUUUGACCGCUGACAUUGAUGCAGAACUUGCCAACGAUUCCGAAGGAAAUAAAACGGAUGUCCUUGAAGAUAAGAACGAAAGUAGCCAUGUAGCUGAACAAAUAAGCCAAGGUUCUAAUACUGGCUUGUUAAUGGCCCAUGCUAAAGUAGUUGCUGAGCCCUUUAGAUGCAAAGGAAUUUGCAAAGAGGAACAUGCAUGCAAUGCAGUUUUAAAACAAAUACGAUGUGAUAGUGGACUAGUCUGCUGUAUAGAUCCUUUCGAAGAAGUGGUAAUCCCCAAAAAAUUCAGUGGGGAUGUUACAAUUCAUAAUAUCCCACGAUUUGAUUCUAAAGAAACCCAAGAAAACUCUAAUGCUGUGAAUCAUUCGUUCGUUAAUAAUGGGAGUGAAGGAAAUGCCUCAGAUAUUGCUUCACUGAAAGUCUUCAAGCUCCCAUUUGAUCAUAUUGCUUCAAGAUCGCUAAAUAUCAUAGAACAUUGUCCUGGAAUUUGUGUUCCGCAUGACUUUAGUUUUUUAUGUUAUCACACAUUAUCCCUCAGCAAUGUAUGCCAAGCUGGAGCUAUUUGUUGCGCACCGACACGCAUUGCAAAUAAGUAUAAUGCACGAAACAGCUAUCAGUUAGGGACGAGUUUAAGCUCUCUUGUGAAGCGCUCUGUUCAUUAUCAAUCUGAAACGACUUGUCCUGGGAAAUGCGUGUAUCUUUCACAUGCACUUUCCUGUGACGAAAUUUUGCCCAAUCUUUCGUGCCCUUUGAACACUAAAUGCUGUAUACAACGUUCUACUGAAAGAGCUUUUCAGACUUCUACACCUGUAGAAUGUACGGGGCAGUGUCUACCAUUGAAAAUGCGUGGCUACUGCUUCCCACCAAAUGAAUUGGUGCUGGGCCUAACAUCUUGUUCACGAGGUACAACAUGCUGUAUGAGACGAUCUCAAGGAAGCCAUAUACAAACUCCAUCUGUAAAUAGAAUGCAAUUUCCACAUAUUCCUAACAAAGUUCCCAACUCUGAUGCUUCUCAAGUUGCUCUUGGACACCUAGCAGUUGAUGAAGCUGGAAAGGUUUUUAAAAUAGGCACAAAUGGUCAAAUAUUCCCUCUUUCAACGCUAACUCAGCUUGACCAUAUGAGAACAAAGUUCACAAGGCUUACGGCCUAUCCACGACUUGAUGGUGAUAUAGUUAUCUUCGCGGAUCCAAACGGAGGUCUUUACCAACAGUUCUACCCUCGUCACUCACCUCUCGCAAUUCAUGGAUCUAAUUCUUCUUCGAAACGAAAACCAACUAAAGAAUUUACCAAAGAUUCAGAUGAAAAAGUUUCAAAAGAUAAAAUAACGGCAAGUUUCGUAGAGCUUGAUGAUAGUAGUGCUUCUCCAAUACUUGAGGCUAGUACUCCAACUAUAUUCGAAGACAAAACUUCGAGACCUCAAUGUCCUGGUUCGUGCAUGUCUUAUUUCUUAAGAUUCACUUGCUUUAGGGGAUAUGCAAUCUAUGACGGAUUCACUUGUCCAGGAAAAUUGGUAUGUUGUGCUCGACUGAGAGACAUCGAAGAACACGAAGAGCAUUUGAAAUCUUUGUCUCCUUAUUUCAGUGAACCUUCUUCUUCUCGUGCAAAGACUUUUCAUCGAUGUGGUAUCAAAGGCAGACGAGAUGCUCCUCGUAUAAUUGGUGGAAAAGAAUCGCUGCCUGGAGAAUGGUGCUGGCAGGUCGCAAUUAUAAAUGUUCAAAAUCAGUACAUAUGUGGUGGCGUUCUAAUUGAUAAUUCGUGGGUGUUGACUGCUGCUCAUUGCGUCUCUGAGCCUGUGAAGGACAAUCAAGUUCUUUUUGUUCGAGCAGGUGUAACUGAUUUGAAAAGUCUCGAAGAUAAUGAGAAAGGACAAACUGUUCGAGUUCUGUCAUCAUUCAUUCACCAUAACUUCAAUAAUGUCAAUCUGGACAAUAACAUCGCUUUAUUACGCCUGCAGAAACCGCUUGAUUUUAAUGAUAAUGUUUGUGUUAUAUGCUUACCAACAACUGGUCAAAUGCCUCAAGGAAGCAAGAAAUGUACAGUAUCUGGCUAUGGCUUUGUAUCCAAAGAUGGUGACAUGUCCUUGAAAAUAAGAGAAGCCCAAGUACCAAUUAUAGAUGAUACGGAAUGCAUGAAUAAUGUUACCGAAGCUUUAACAAACCCAUUUAUUAUUCCUGCUAACAGCUUCUGUGCUGGAGGCCAAGGUCAGCAAGAUGCUUGUCAGGGAGAUGCUGGAGGUCCUCUUGCUUGUGAGAUCGGUGGCUAUCAUGAGCUAGUUGGUCUAGUUUCCUGGGGCCUUGGAUGUGGCAGAACUGACAUACCAAGUAUUUAUAUAAAAGUUCCUGCCUUUAUGGGCUGGAUCAAUCAAAUUAUCAGCUCUAGUUCAUUUUUAAUGUCGUUAACUUGAAUGUUCAUAAAAUCUGCAUAUUGCCUGGAAAUGUUGUUAAUGUA